AUGUCGCCCACGUCACUUGGCUGUGUGUCUCUCCAGAGGGCGUUGGAGAUCAGUUUAAAAAGACGCCAAUACAACAGGGUCUAUAAACAGCCACCGACUCGUUUCUACGUCUACGCUGAUACACUCGCCAUUCCGGCUGCACCUGACUUUAUUGCCGAGUACCUCGUCGUAGCCACUGGCCAUCGAUUCCAUAUGCUUGCAAGCCCGGCCAUAGAUUGCUACACGGGAUCCGAAGCACGUCUCCCAAAUGUCGUAUCCCGUUCGCCGGGUAACGGCAUAACGUCGCUGAAGAUAACUACCUCGCUCGGCGCUGAGGCGACUAAUUGCACGGCGUUCAGCACCCAGUUCGAGUCACGUAUACGUCUCGGCAGACAUGUUAACGCUCACGGUAGGGUCCUGCGAAUUAUGCGCGCGAGUAAUCACCUUUAUCUUCCCAUCGCGAUGAUCGAGGGUCAGCACAUUGCCUUCGGUACAGAGCGAAGUCGAAUCAAAGAUUACGUCUUUCUUUCGGCGAAUCACGUCGUGGGCAUUACGUUAUUGAGCCUCCCAGGUAAAGUCUACGCAAAAGUGUUAGAAACGAGGUGCCGUGAAAUAGUUGGCAUCAAGGUCCAAGAAGAGCACUGUGGCUUCCGGGCCGGUCGAAGCGCCUCUGACCAUAUAUUUGUCCUGCGUCAGAUUGUUGAGAAAUCGUGGGAGAACGCCCAGCCAGUGUACAUGUGUUUUGUGGACCUAGAAAAAGCGCAUAACCGGAUCCCACGCAACAGUCCGUGGACAUGCCUUCGUGCAUGUGGGACUGAUGGCCAGCUGCUAAGGGCCAUCCAGUCACUGUAUUCUGAUAGCAGGUGCAGCGUCAUAGUUAACGGCAUUAAGUCGAAGCCAUUCAACGUUCGCACUGGUCUCCGCCAAGGCUCUCUGCGUCUUGUCUCCUAUCCUGUUUGUGUUGUACAAGGAUAG